CCCAAGAAUGAAAGAAAAAGAGCCACUUUUUCCUCUUUUCUUUCAAGAGUCACAUUAACCACCUUCCAUGGCUCCUUCCCCUCUAUUUUCAUUAUAAAGAUGCAUGCUGCAAAAGAUUAGGGAAAGUUUGUGUUGCAGGUAAGUAGAAAAGAAAAUUUGAACCCUGAAUUCUCCCCUGCCUCCACUAGGGAUCGGGUCGCAAACUAGCCAUAUCAGUACAAAUGCUGCUCCUUAGAAAUCCCAUUUCCCAUACCAAAAAGUUCUUUAAGAGAACUCUACAAAGUUUCAAGUCUUUUUUCAGUAGCGAGACCUACCAAAAGCUUCCUAAAUCAUCUCCCUGCGAAAUCCCGUACGGUUCUUAUAGUGUCACCGGUGUUGACACGAAUACUCAGGCGGGUUACCAAGACCUUGAGAAGUUCUACAGUGACUUCACUGAACGGUGGGAUGGAGAUAAAGAGAAGGGAAAGAGGAGGAACAAGAAGAAGAUCAUAAUCUCAACUAUGACAAAUCAAGAAGCUGCGGAGGAAUUCACAAGGAAGGACUACCAAGUAUCAAAACUAGACGAAGUUCAGUUCAGAAGCUCUAGAGGAUCAUCAUCUCCGGCCGCAGGUAAGAGGGAGGCAAAGAGUGUUUUGGUGGCGGAGAAGUUGAAGGAGCUAGAGAUGAUGGAUGUGAGCAAUGUGGAUCAUGUUUUGGACAUAGAAGAGGUCCUUCAUUACUACUCUCGCCUCACUUGCCCUGCCUACCUAGACAUUGUCGACAGGUUUUUCAUGGAAAUGUAUGCCGAGUUGGCCGGACAACCGGCAACUCCUACAACUCCGGUAAGUGUUAAUUCAAAGCCUAAGUUUCGAUCAAUGGGAAGAUGAAGUUUCAUCAUCUGAAGAUUACAAUGAUUGAGGUUGUCAUAGUUUCUUUUAGACAUGUUAAUUUCUCAUUUCAUUUUGUCAUUUAAUUGUUUACCGUAAAUUUCUUUGGCUACCAGAUCCUUGAUAUAUUAAUAAUAAGUUUACAUAAAU